UCCGGCACACUGAUAGAGGAGAGCUGGUGCGCACACAGGCUCCACUUUUACACAUCACUUGUCCGCGUCAAGGUGUCAAUGCCGAACUUACCUCGGAUUUGGAUUUUAAAUAGUAAUUUCCACCAGUGUAACAUAACUCAGCUUUAAGCACCACCCAAAGUGAAGCACACACCACCAGAGUGUGUGCGCGUGUGAGUGUGGAGCAAGUGGAUCCAGAAAACCUUCCGUCAUGGGAGCGCACGGAUGGAGCGCAGCGCGUCUCGGGUUUGUUGUUUGUGGAUACUUAGCGUUUUUCUGCGGGCAAAUUGUUCCACGGGCCGAAGCGGGCUGCAGGGAGAGAGAGAGCCCAAACUGCUGCACCGGCCGGAACAACGAGUGUUUUGAGUACAGCAAGAGAAAAACUGUGUGCUACUGUGAUACCUACUGUCAGAAAACCGGAGACUGCUGCGAGGACUACCAGCGUGUGUGCCAAAUAUCUGCAGCCAUUGACUGUGUAGUGGGAUCGUGGGGUCCCUGGUCAUCGUGCACAUCUCCAUGUGGAGUUGGCAGCACAGAGAGGAGUCGCCAAGUGUCCGUUCCCCCUAGAAACGGAGGCACGCCCUGUCCUGACCUCAAACAGCGUCGAGGAUGCUUUGGAAACAAUGCCAUAUGCAGCACCGCAAAAGAGGUGGCAAAGAUCCUGCCUGAUUCCUUUAAGAGGAACUUCAAGGACCCUUGGAGGCGACCACACAUGCUGAUGAAGGAGGAGAAGGCCAGUUACUGUGUGUACCUGCGGUUGAAACAGGCCAGUGCAGCGUGUAAGCUUAAACUGUGGAGUGCUCAGCUGGUGAGAGAGAGGCUGGUCUGUGCAGAGUGUCAGAGCGAUGCCAUGUCAAAGUCAGACCGCUGUGGAGGCGACGGCCUACAGAGCACCAGAACUUUCUGGGCAGCAGCUUCAGUCCCAGGCUGUCAUGGUUCCUGGGUGCGAGAGUCGUCCUCUGAGAGCUGCCGAUGUCCUCCCUACUCCGUGCUCUUCGUGUGAUCCGACAUGCAAACCCCAGACAUCUGUAUGCAGGGACAAGAUUUCCCUCGACACCUCCUGCUAACUGUGGAGAGCCCUGCCAGCCAAGCCAGACCCCUCCAAUCCAGAGUACUGGAUGGGUAACUCAAGGACAUCAGCAGCAUCCUGCCACUUUUUCCUUUCACCUCAUACUCUGUACUGUACAUACUAUUAAUAAGCACACAGAAAUUCUUGCAUUUAACUUCAGAUUUUUCAGCCACAUUAUGUACUUAUUCUCCUCCAAAGCACAGCGACAUCUAUAUGCCUUUUUACCUCUGAAUCUUUGCUAUCUACCUCCAUCAAUGCAAGUGCAUUUGUUAAUGCAUAAUGUAUAAAUAUAUAAAUAUAUUAUUUUGCUUUAUACAUUUUCUACUUUUGAUUGUUUACGUGUUAUGUAUAUGUGUCUAUAUAGCUACACUUAUUUGUAUCCAACAAUUUAAACACCAAACAGCAGUUGCUGCACCCAAUUUAAGCCCCAGUCCAAAGGGUCCCUAAAUCACCUGCAGGUUGGAGAUGCUGAAAACUGGUUCAUCCAAAUUGUAUCCAUUGCUGAGAAGUCUUGUAUGAAUAUAUCUGUGUUUUACAGUUUUGUCCCUGUUAUUGUUUAUUUUCAACAAAAACAUUUAUACCAGCAAGUCAAGUUGAAUAUCAGGUAUUGAUUCUCAGGUGCUGAGAUUUGUGUCUUUGUCUCCCAUCAAGCUUCCUCUUUUAUAUCUGCCUCCUCUGACGGUCGGUCACUGAUGUUUUUAGUAGUUUAAAGUGACUCAUAGCUGAAAUCGGUCCCUUCUGAGUAGACCUAAUAAUGUUGGAGAGGAAAAAGAGCCAUUUAAGAGAAUUUCACUGUGGUUCUCUCUGUCCUCUGUGUCCAAGACUGAAAAGAACUGCUUCAUAACUAUGUUUUCUCUCACUCCCUGCCCUGCUCAGAAAUCCUAUUACCAUCAGCAAACUGUCAUCCAAUAUAACCAUUACAUACAGCCAUGUUACUCCCAUUUUAUUCAUUAACAGAAUCUCCUCCCAGCACUCCCCUCAGCUCCUCUAUCUGCACUUCUUUUUCUUCUCCGCCCUCUACUGAGGUCAACUGGCUCAGUACGCCUUCCCGCAUCUCUUGUACUUCUGGUUGAAAUGAACAGUGUGUUAGAUUUAGGGGGAUUUAGUGGCAUCUAGCAGAUUGCAAUCAGCUGAAAAUUCUCCAGGUUGGAAUUCCUUCAGUGUUUAGUGUUCAGGAGGUUUUUAUCACAAGCAAAAUUAUCCGCAGAAGUCUCUUCCUAACCAACACAAACAGACCAGUAAUUUAAAACUGGUAAAACCACUGAGUAAAGCAGUUUCAUGUUACAAAUCAGUGUUUCUGCGACACUGUUUGGCAUGUUGAAUGUCGCUAGCUAGCCUAACACCUGCGAAAGUGUGCUCACCUUUUAUGUCAGUGAAGAUUCUCAGUCAUCCAGGUCAUGGUAAUCUUAAGAGCUAUAUCGUAUCCAGCUGGACUUGCUUGAGUUUCUUGAGGAUGUUUCGAUGUUUCAUCCAAGAGGCUUCUUGAAGGCGAACUCUUGGAUGAGGGGCUACGAUAUAGCACUUAAAAUUGCUCACCUUUUACUAUUAUAACUUAAGAUCCAGAUGUUCAGGAGGUUUUUACCAGGAGCCAAGUUAUUUCCAGAGGUCUCUUCCUCUUUAAAACAAAAGGACCCGGUGAUUUAAAUCAGUAAAACACCAAAUAAAGCAGUUUCACGGAAAAAAACAGUGUUUUUCCAACACUCUCACUGCAGAGGGGCUGCGAACUGCGGUAGCUAACGGGAUAACAUGAAUGGCCCUAUCUUGUGCCAGUGUUGUCUUGUGUAGUUUGUCUGAUCUGGGCUUCUGUAGAAACAUGGCAAACCAACAUGGUGAUAUCCAGAGAUGAAUAUCUGCUCUGUAUGUAGAUAUAAACAACUCAUUCUAAUAUAACAAAAACACAAGGUGAUUUUACUCUAAAGAAAACAUAUUGCAUCUCUGACAAUAUAUAUUCCCCUAAAUCCUACACACUGGACCUUUAAGACAAGGACAAGUUCAGUCUCAGUAGAGGGCUUUUUUCUCUGGAAAGCUGUGACUUUCUCUCUUUCUCUCCCUCUCUUACAUGUAUGUGUCUGUGUUUGUGUGUUUAUUUAUUAUAAAACAAGUGAUGAUUUUAUUAGUGCAGCACAGCAUAUAUCUGUACACUGUCCAUUAGUGAAAAUAAACAGUUAUACUAUCAUC